AUGUCGCGAUUAUCCAAAAACGUCAAUUUGCCAGACGGCGAAAAUACGGUUCAUAAUGUUGUCACGGGUGAUAUUGAUGUUUAUGGUGAUACUGCUACUGGUGCCGAAGUACUUCUCAGUGAGCUCAGGGUUUCACCAUUGUUGACGUAUACUCAUGCUUUAGGAGCAUUGCAGCCAAGUCGACGAGUGAAAACGCUUUACGCAUGCACAGCAGGUCACAAUACCGAGUUGUCUUUUCAGCCUGGACAAAUUAUUACUAAUGGCUAG